AUGCGUACGUACGUCUCCGUCGCAUUGGAACACGGCUUAGACGAGAGCAAAGCAGUCGAGAGAUUUUUAAGAGAACCCGAACUCGAACCAGAUCAAAAACCGUCUCGUAAAGUGAAAAGCGAUACCUGCAAGCUCAUCUACCACGGCACAUCAAAUCGCAAUGGCGUUAGUGUCAUACUGAACGAGACGUUCAGAAACAGCGUCGCAGCGGUGGGAGGUUUAUCGACUAUCGGAUCGCCUAAUGGCUGUAAAAGUAGACAUAGGAAUGUUGGAUUGAAAGUCGUCUCUGCUUACGCGCCACAGGUGGGCUGUAGUAAAGAAGAGAAGGCGUGCUUUUGGGAAGAUUCGAAGCAGUACGUCCAAUCCCUGGAAGGCAAAGAAGCACUUCUAAUCGGAGGAGACUUCAACGGACAUGUUGUUCCGCGGAAAGAUGGCUUCGAGAGUUGUCAUGGAGGAUACGGCUAUGGAGUUCGUAACGACGUCGAGUUGCGGAACCUGGAUUCAAAAGUUAUCCCUAGGGACCAUGUCGCCGCCCAACAUAAUUUGCUCGUCAUUGACUUGAAAAUCUUCCGUCCAAGGAAGAGACAUCCAAGGAAUGAAACCCUGCGCAUCAGAUGGUGGAAUCUGAAGGACCGAAAGAAGGAUGGUUUUGCAUCCUGUUGCCUUUACGGAUGCGAGAGCUGGCCGACGAAGAAAGCUUUGGAAAAAGUGUUGCACGCUAUAGAGAUGCGAAUGUUGAGAUGGACGUUAGGUGUAACGCUAAAAGACCAUCUUGUGUACAACGACACUGUACGCUCCAUCUUCAGCGUCGCCACGGAAACUGAAAAGAUGAAGGAGGCGUGA